GUAAAGGGCCUGUUUAAAAAACAAUAAUUCAAUAUGGCGUCUUCACAUUGGGGAAACUCAAGAGGGAAUAAAAAUGAUGAUAAGAUGGACAAAAUAAUGGAAUCAGAGAACAACAGAUUGGUGGAUAACCUAUCAAAUAAAGUAUCAAUGCUAAAAGGGAUAGCAAUAGACAUUGACAGAGAAUCAAAACAGCAAAAUAAAUAUCUCGGUGGGAUGGGCGAUGAUUUUGGUGGUGCAGCUGGCCUACUUACUGGAAGUGCACAAAGACUAUCUCAUAUGAUCGCUUCUGGGAAAUCAAAUAGAAAGCUUAUGUGCUACAUCAUUGCAGGGCUUGUUUUUUUGUUUGUCGUAUUAUAUUAUGGACUGGGUAGAGCGGUCAAAUAGUCAAUGGGAAAAGCCAAGAGUGUAAAUAAAUUUAUGUACAUUUUAGAGAUUUUUUUAUGUAAUGUGAUAAUCAACGUUUAAGUAAUUACACUUGCCUCUCACCUCU